UUAAAAAAGAUGGAGGAUGAACCUUUUUUCAGAAGAAAACUGACGGUGUAAAAAGAUUGAGACGAGGAACAACACCGCCACGGACCACCGUGCACAGCCGCUGAAGCUUUUAGCCACCAUUACCGUUUUCCUAAACAGUAAUUAUUGACUAUAGCAACAAUGAAAGAAGCAGAAGUUAACAGAUGCCAGAUUCAACAAUGGUACCCCAAAUUCAAGUCUGUUUCAAUCAAAACUAUAAUUCAUGAACUUCCCGAGUCUUUCGUCGAGUAUCUUCUUGAUGAUUCGGGGCCCUUUGUCCUACCCUUGUCUGUUUCUAAUGAAGAUGCUUUCCCUAGUAGAGUUCAUAAUCCAAUUGAUGAAGAAGAUUAUCAAGUGUCGGAAGGUUCCGGUGAUGAAGCGGAGAAGCCUCUGCCGCCUCCUUCUUUUCCGGAACUUGAAUUGAAGGUUAAGGAAUCGAUUGAAACCCUUGGAGGUGCUGUUUUUCCUAAACUGAACUGGAGUUCCCCGAAAGACUCGGCUUGGAUUAGCUCAUCUGGGACCCUCCGGUGCACUUCGUUUAGUGAGAUUGUGCUAUUGUUGCGGUCAUCUGACUCGUUGGUUCAUGAUUUAUGUCAUGCUUAUGAUUCCUGCAGCGAUAAAACCUUGUCAAGACCGUCAAGUUUCUUUCUUUCACUUCGGAAAUGGUAUUCGUCUUUGAAGCCUGAAAUGGAAUUUCGAUGCUUUGUAUCGGGUCAUCAGCUUGUUGGUAUAUCUCAGCGUGAAGUCACCACAUUUUAUCCGGUUCUUGUUGAGAAUAAAGUUGAUCUUCAAAUGUUGAUCGAAGAUUUCUUUUUUGAUUUUGUGAGAAUGAAAUUUGAAUCAGAGAAUUACACAUUUGAUGUUUAUGUCACGAAGGAUGAGCGUGUCAGGAUUAUGGAUUUUAAUCCUUGGGGUGCGUUUACGCUUCCAUUGCUUUUUACAUGGGAGGAACUGGAGCAGAAUGUGAGACGAGAAGAGGCGAGCGUGGACUUUAGAGUUGUUGAGAGCCGAUGUGGUAUUCGGCCAGGUCUAAAAACAGCAGUACCGCUGGAUUAUAUCGAUACUAGUCCAGGGAGUGGAUGGGAUCAGUUUUUGAGGAAAGUUGAUGCAGAAUUCCAGCAGCAAAUAAUAUCUCCCGGAGAAGGAGCUGAUGCAUGAGAAUUUUGGUAAUGCUCUUCCCUGCCUGCUGUUAUUUCUUUCUGUAAUAGUCUCCGGUCUUCUGUCCUUGCCCUCAAAAUAGGUAUUUGUGUUGAAAAUAAUUUGUGUUAACAAUGACAGCUUCUCAACUUUCAUAAAAACAUAUGGUGCUUUUAAGAAUGGUACUCGUUGUAUACUUAGUUACUUACCUACAAAUCACAUAUCUCCGGGUUACCCGUUGUUGGCCAA